UGCAUUUAUAGAACGGUGUCAGGGUGGCUGUCAGUUGCCAUCGAUUCUGACUAUAUAGACUCCAGCCUCUGGUGUACAUGUGUAGUGGAAUCUUAUCCAUCUCAAAAUGAAAUGGACACAGGUCUUGUUCUCCCUGAGUCUCAUAGUAGACAGUGUCCACAGCGAUGGUAGUGUGUAUAGUGACACCACUGUGACGAUCCACCCUCAGUGGCUGGCACAGGGAGGACGCGUUCGCUACGACUUUAAUAGAUGGAGCAAGCACAAUAACUUGGAUCAAACACGUCUCAUUCCAAAAUGUCGGAGCCUCCGGACUGACAGUGGACGCUGGGGCGACAGAGAUUACAAUGGUGAUCUCUUCCUGGACUGGCCAGAAGAUCCCAACCGUAGUGGCUACCCUGACCCCAACUAUCUGAAGAACGUCACCAAACAAGAAGAACUGUUCUCCAAGUACGUAGAGAACAUCAACACUGGCUAUGAGAACGGCAUGAUCAUGAUGGCAGAAGCUCUUUUCUUCCCGAGUUGGAUAGACAUGUCUGAACAUGAUGGUCAUUUCCCAAACAAUGUCGAUGCUGCUGCAGAGUUCAUGAUGUUGAUGGUGCAAGGAGUUUAUGACUACACCAAAGGACAGAUACCACCCUAUUUUGAGCCAAUAAAUGAACCGGAUGGUAAAUGGCAUAUACUGAAUUUCACAACUAUUAACAUCUUACACAAAUUAGUUGCGGAGAAACUCCAUACCAAAUUUAACAUCAAGGUGGCUGGUCCAACACUUACCAGUGAAAUUAAGAACGCAGAUUUACACGACUUUUCGUAUUGGCAAAAAGUGGCAAAUUUCAUGGAUGUCAAUUUAGGCUACAUAGAUGUAUUUUCAUUUCAUGCAUACAAUGACAUCGGUGUUUCUGGAAGAUCUUACAAUUUUACUGGAGCAAAUGAAGCACGUCUGGUAGCAUUUAUAGACCUGGUUGAAAACUACGCCUCUCAGAAGACCGGUAAGAUUAUUCCCCUUGUUAUUAGUGAAUAUGGUCGCGGUGCAGCUAUAGGACGUGACAAAUACGCUCCAUCACCCAUAAUGGAAUUUUCAACAAUCUACCAGGCUAAUGGCCACAGAUUUACCCAAUUAAAUCUCAGGGAAUACAUUGAAAGAGCAGUGGCGUGGAUUCUAGCCAAUGAAGAGUGGCCAGGACGGUAUAGUAUCAACUAUUCACUUUUCACUCUUGAUGGGAAACCCACAAAUAUUGACAACAUUUACAAGUUUUGGUACAAAUUCGCGUCAGGCUUCUCCUUCAUCAGAACUACCAGCCAGUAUGACGGAGAGGAACGAACAGUGACACCAUUAGCAAUGUCAAGUUCCUCCACGAACGAAACCGUCAUUCUCUUGCACAGUUAUUCUCGGAGGUCACAGGCAGUCAAGCUAGUCUUCCAAGACGACUGGAUCAAACCAACAACUGGCCAAGCUACUUGCACCACCAUCAAGGACGACUGGUUUCCGGCCAUCACCUUCAACGAAACCAUCGACAUCCAGAAGACACAAGGAAUUGUUGAACUUCCUCCUGAAGCAUCAUGUCACUUUACAUUUAACACCCCUUCAAACAAACUGCCUUCAGUCACUCUCAACGAAACCACAUAUUACGGAGCUGACACGCUUAUAGCAAUCAAUGGCAAUGUUGUCUCGACAGUGAUAUCUCUACCAAAUGGCCAGUAUGACAAUGGAAGACUGAGAGUGUCAACCAGUUGGCUGAUCAAUGAAACAAACAGUGUAUCAUAUCUUACCGUUAAUGACCACCGUCUUGAAUCUUUCUUUAAACUAUUUGAUUCCGACAAGCUUGCAAGCAAUACGUAUUGGAAUGUUUGGGAGUUUUUAGUUCCGCCAUCUGUGAUUGUCCCUGGGCCUAACCAGGUAGAGGUUCACUUCUCUAACAACAUCGCAACGGGAUAUGUUUCUUCUGUUGCUCUUGUUAUGGCCAAGCUGGUUCAGUCUGACUUCUGAAGUCAUGGCAAUGAUACCAAUUUUGUCAAAUGCCUCAAAUUUAAAUCAUUAAAGAAAUUCCAUCAAUGA